UUGACUUGAGGACCAAAGUUUUCAUCUAUUUACUUGUGUUCUCCUUGGUUGGACCGCCAUUUUUAACUGACUCGAGGAAUUAAGUUCAAGAUUUUUGGCUUACCUGUUCAGGGAAGCUGUCAGGCUCCCUGGCUCUUCUUCUUCGGCUUCUGGCUUUUGAUUUUUGUGUUAAAAUCCAAGUUGAAUCUUGUGUGGUAGGCCAAAUCUGCCUUACGUGAAUGGCAAAUUUCUAAUUAGUUGGCCGUGAAUUUGUUUAUAGCAAUGGACGGCCUUUUCUUGUUUGGUCUUCGUCUUCCCAGAAGAAUAGCGGGAGUGAAGUGGAAAUUCAUUUUCUAGUUUGAAUCAUCGUUGGUCGCUGUAAGAGUUGUCUUUUUGGCACUCUAAAAGAUGUAGAAUCGAUUUAACUAAGAAGUGCUCACUUUCCUGUGUCGUACACAGUACUUUUCAAUGGCGCCAACGUAACUGAAAUACUAAAAGACUUGCCAUUAGAUCAUGGAAAUUCAAAGCGAGAAGGAGGUUAAAGAGGAGAAAGUAAAAGAGGAGAAAAAGCAAGUAAAAUUUGCUGUGACUCCGGCAGAAGAAGUAGGGUCUGUGAGCAAUGGCAGUUCGUAUCAACCCACGGUUGUAGAUGGAUCUGUGACUGUAGGCAAAACAGGUCGAGAACGUGAGAGAACAAAUGAACUCGACGAAGCAGAGGAAAAGGCAGUUAGUCAAAGUGCCGAUGGACGCUUUCUAAAGUUUGAUAGUGAGCUGGGAAGAGGAUCAUUCAAGACGGUCUACAAGGGUUUGGAUACAGAAACUGGAGUAGCAGUAGCGUGGUGCGAACUCCAGGAUAAAUAUACCAAAUCGGAGCGAGCUAGGUUCAGAGAGGAGGCAGAGAUGUUAAAGCAACUUCAAAACCCGAACAUCGUGAAGUUCCACGAUUUUUGGGAAACCAGGUCGACGAGUAAAGAGAAGAAAAAAGUCAUAUUGAUAACUGAACUGAUGACUUCGGGAACACUGAAAACGUAUUUGAAAAGAUUUAAAGGAGUCAGAGAGAAAAUUCUGAAAAGUUGGUGCAARCAAAUUCUAAAAGGACUUCAUUUUCUCCAUACACGAACUCCACCAAUUAUUCAUCGUGAUCUGAAAUGUGACAAUAUCUUUAUUAAUGGKACAACAGGAUUGGUCAAGAUUGGUGACCUGGGACUUGCAACUCUGAAAAAGUCUUCUUUUGCCAAGAGUGUAAUUGGUACACCUGAGUUCAUGGCACCAGAGAUGUACGAAGAGCACUACGAUGAGUCAGUUGAUGUGUAUGCAUUUGGCAUGUGUAUGCUCGAAAUGAUAACAUUGGAGUACCCUUAUAUGGAAUGUCAAAACCCUGCUCAGAUCUACCGUCGAGUCACUAGUGGUAUUAAGCCUGAAUGCUUGGAAAAAGUGUCAUCAAAGGAUGUGAGAGAGAUAAUUGAUGGAUGUACUCACCCUAAAAAGGAAUUAAGAUAUACAAUACCAGACCUUCUUUCACAUCCCUUCUUCCAAGAAGAUAGUGGAGUAAAAGUUGAAGUCUCUGGCUCWGACACUGAAUUAGUAGAGGGYAACCUYAUCAAGCUMCAACUGCAUUUGCAAGACCCCAAGAAACGCAAGGAGAAGCACAAAGAAAAUGAGGCAAUUCAGUUUGAUUUUCACCUCGGAAAAGAUGARCCCAUCCAAGUUGCUGCUGAGAUGGUCAAAACAGGAUUCAUUGAUGAYGAAGACCAAAAAGCUGUCUCCAAAUCCAUCCGCGACAGGGUUGCCUURGUAAAGAGACUGAGAGAUAUGAAACGAGAAGAUGGAAAAGAGGUCGCCAGCUCACAAGAAGUUCCAAUUGCUGCAAUAUCACAGGAUGUUGGCACUGAGGUCAAAGAAAAUAUACCUGAGAAGGAGCCAACUGUUGAAAAGGACACAAAACAGGAAGAGGAGGCAUUCCACUUGCAGCCAGUCUCACGGCAAAACAGCAAYGAACCAAAAAAUGUYCUUGAUGUUAUACAGAGAAUUGAAAGUGUAUCAAACAGUAGUUCACCAACUUUGGGAAAUAGCCCUCAUGCCACUUUGGACGAGAGAGUUUUACAAGAUSUGGAAAAGAAGCCAGCUCCUAGRGURGAAGACACGUCAAGGACUUCUCCAGUCGAAUAUACCACUCAGACAUCAUUAACAUCCAACCAGGAGCCAGACUCUGCUCCACCAACGCCUGUUGACACAACAUUCUCCACCUCUGAAAUAUCAUCGGGUUAUGCCUCUUCAACAACUUCCAUUUCAUCCAUGGCAUCCUUGCCAGGAAGCACAGCAGAUUCUGGUSUUGGCGAAAAGAUUGGAGAAAAAAAGGACAAACCUGCCAAAGGGGCCAAGAAAGAACGCUUGCCUAGAGUACAACUGAGGAAAAUUGAAAAGAAAACAGAAGGACUUGUAGUGGAAUGUACUUUUGAUACUUAUAAGUCAAACAGGAUAACAUUCCGAUUUGAUGUGAAAAUUGAUGACCCAGAGGAUAUUGCAGAUAGUAUGAUUGAAGCUGGUCAUCUUCAAUCUAACAACAAGGAUAUAUUCAAGGGUUACCUAAGAAGAGUWAUUUCAGAAGCACAAAAAAUCUUGGAACACACUACCAGCCAGAGUGGCUCAGAAAUUAUCAUUGACAAAGCAUCUCUGGAAGGUCAUUUGUCAUCUGAUGCCAUUCCCAUACAGCAACCAGCGGGCUCGCAGCCAGCACAGCAGGCCUCAGGCAGCCCAAAGAAUAAAGAAGGCAGUUAUUUGGAAAGCUUAGUAUUAUCUGGAGCUAAAUCCUUACCAGCAGUUCCUCAAGAUGGGGCAGCRCCCACAGCAAAGAAUGAAACUCCUAAGAUGGAGGAAACUAAGGCACAGGAACCAAAGCAAGAAAUGGUUCCAGAAACUACUGACUUAUCAAAACCUGUGCAAGAAGGACCCAAGUCACCUUCUGCUUCACCKAAGGCAGCUGUAYCUGUGAAUAAACCUGAACCAAAAGUCACUACAGUACCUGUUDCUACAAAACAGGAGGAAGGAAGCUCUAAUAAAGAGACUUUAAAGGAGAUCCCUAAAGAAAAACCUAAACCAGUUGUUCUCAAUCCAGCAGUUGUYCCACAAAGAACUGAAAAACCUGCUGAAAAUACUGAGAGCCAAGCUCAACCUGUAGCUACUCAGCCUGAAAAGGAGAAACCCAAGCCAGUCGUGCUCAAUCUGGCAGUUAUUCCACAAAAGGUGGAAAAAUCAUCUGAUAGCUCUGAGAACCAAACAGAGUCAGUUGUGACUCAGGGUGAGAAGGAGAAGCCCAAACCAGUUGUGUUAAACCCAGUUAGUAUUCCUCAAAGGAAAGUAACACCGCCAGCACAGUCUCAAACUCCAACUGAAGUUGUCAAAAGAUUUUUAGUGCAGAAAGUUGAUGAAUCUGCAAUUCUUGGUCCAGUAGAACCAAAGCCUGUCGAGACAGUGCAAGAAACUGUCGAAACAAAAGUAGAAAAGAAAGAUGACAGCCUCUUGGAAGAAGGGUUGAAAAAGAAGGAGGAGAAAGAUUUACCAAAAGAAGAAUCUAUCGAGAAAAGUAAUGAGAAGAAAGCAGUUGUUGUUAAAGAGUUAGAUGAGGUGGCAUCAGGGCUUUCGGUUCAGACACAAACUAGUUUUGACUUACCAACAGAGGAAAAUUUAACAGAAAAGGAAAAAUUAAAGGAAUCAUCUUUGUUGACCUUGCCAACUGCUGGAAAUGACACUUUAUUAUCAAGCGAGGAGCAACAUGAAUUAUCAGAACAAGUUGUGAAAGGAAGAUUUCUUGUUCAGACAGUGGGCAGUGUAUCAAUGUCCAAAGAAAAUACUUCAACUGUGUCAACUGUCACUACUGUUAACUCCGUUUCAUCUAAAACUGUCGAGGUUACAUCCAAAACUGUUGAAGUUUCAUCCAAAAUGGUUGAAACUUCUUCAUCGUCUGUGGUGACACAGGAGGCAGCACCAAGCAGUAUUAAUGAUAUUGCACUUCAAGAUAGCUUGAAGUUCAUGUCUACUCCAUCACUCACUCCCAGCUCAUCAAUGGAAAGUUUGACAUCUGUAUCAUCGCAAACUUUUCCACUAAAUAAGGACAAUCAAAGCCCUCAUUCAUCUCAAAGUUGUAUGGGUGAAGGGGCGGUCAAUGUGGCCCAGUUACAAAUAGCCAGCUACAAGGACAAUAGAAAAGGCAGCUGGCAAAGCGACUCUUCUAGUGAGGGAUUUACUCGAAUUAAUAAUGUUWCAAAACAGACAAUUGUAUAUUCAGACAGUGAAGGAUGUCCUGGCCAAGUAUAUAAAGCAAUGGAUCAGAAAAAGCCCCGAAAUCGUUCUGUCCCAUCACAAGUAUCAAUCGAAAUAGCUGCUAUCACAGCACUGGAAUUAUUCGCUGACGAGGAGGACGAAUUCAAGAAAUUACGCAUAAGACACCGCCGAGAGCGAGAAGAAUUAGAUAGAAGACAUGAGAAAGAUUUAUCAAAUUUACGCAAGAAAUUGGAAGCUAGGAAUGCAAAGCCAAGGGCAACCUCCAAUCCACAGCAACCUGGAAAUAACCAUUUACCAAGGCAACGAAGUAAUGAAGAUGUACAUGACAAUGUGAAAGCCAAUGGAUUUUCCAUGGACAAUCCACAGCCCAAGAAAACAUUUGUAAACACUGAUAAAGAAAUUGAGCAGCUUGUUCAGUUUGAGAGCAAGGCUAAGAAGAAAAAUGAUAUUAGAAGUGAAAAGAAACCUGUCACAGGAGCAGCGGAAAAAAUGAGCUUGAAUCAAAUUAAGGAAAGUCAACAAAAUUAUAAAAGUAACAUAGGUGGGACAUUGAAAAAGGGGCCAACGCCGCCACCUCAAACGCAGUCGUCAUCUCUAGCAACUACGACUAGUUUUACUGGGUCUAGAAACCCCAGUUAUGGAAAUAUCACACAAUUGCAAGGACAAAAUCCAACAACAACAAAUACCAUAACAAACUUUCCUGUCUGGGGGGGCACUGCCACUACUCAAGACGUUAUCCAAUGGCAAGGUAAUGUGGACAAUCGCUGGGCAGCUGAAAAUCAGGCAUGGAUGCCGUCAAACACAGCUGUACCCCAAGCAGCAUUUGUGCCCAUCACUACGCAAGGCUUUGUUCCAGUGGCCACAAUUAGUAAUCAACCAUUUCAGAACCACAAAGCUCCACAUAGGUAGCAUUAAGUUGGUAUGAAAGAAUUUUUUUCAGUAAUUUCGUAUUUGUAGGUACAUAGUUGUAACACUUGUUACACUUUAUACACGGUAUGACAGCCAAGGCAGCGUCAGUGGUAGCUGUAUAGUUCAAGAACUGCUGUGUAUUUAGAUCCUUUCUUAGGACAAAAAAUCAUUCAAUAAGGAGUGUAGAUAUGCAGCAAAGCGGUUAAAUAACCCUGAAUCUCAUGUGAUGAGAUAAUAUUCUUGUAAAAUGAACCUCAGAAAUAGAUAAACCACCAUAAUGUUAGCAAUAUUGCAAACUUACGGUUCAUAAGAUAUAAAUAAAAGGACAAAACUAUCACAAGAAAAGCAAGACUUGAAAUAAGGACUCUUUUUGGACUCGCGCAAAAACAAAAUCUGAGGAAAAGUUCAGAUUUUACAUUUUCAUAAAAAAAUAUUAUUGAACACCCAAAUUUGCCAAGAUGUUGACAAAUCUUCAUGAAAAGGAAAAGUACAAGCAUUCACAUUAUUAUCUUAAAGAGUUUUAAUGUUAGCAGUGGUGUUUUUUUCCAGUUUCUGAGGUUUAUUUUGUAAAAUAUGUUGCUUGGAUGAAGAAAGAUAGGAGUAUGACGGUGUAAGUUUGGUCUUUUUUAAUUGUUCAUUACCUUACCCAGCAAUGGGGACUGUUUAAUUCUUGGUUUUGCAUUUGUAUUAAAUAAAGAGCAUGAUAUAGACGGGGUGACCUACGUAGCACGCAGUUGAUGUAAUGUAUUCAUAAAAUGUAUUGUAUUCCAUUGUCUCUCGUUCUAUUGUAUUAUGUGUUUUGUAUUAUAUCUUUAUGAAUAUAUUACAUCAACUGAGUGCUACGUAGAUUCUCCCUGAUAUAGACCCUUGCAUAUGAUGUCAAAGCAGUUUCAUCUGGAGGACAUAACAUAGGAAUUUUUUCCUCUUGGGAACUAGAAUCCAUUGUUUUAUCCUCCUGUUGUUGUUUCAUUUCCAUGAAAUGCAAGGGGUCUAUACACCAGCCAUAUUGGAGUACAUAGCAAUGAAAGCUUACAAGAUAUCUUUUGUGGAGUGUAUACUAAUAUGGCUGAAAAAACAUGUACAAAUCAAGCAAUUCAGGGUAUCUCUAGCCUGCAUGCAGCCAAACCAAAACUGUUGUGUUUGUGCAGCCAAACGUUGAAUAUAACAACAGUAUUCGGCUUCAUGCAGGUUAGAUAUCUACAAUGUCAAAGUUGUGUAUGAUACAAACAAUUAGAACCACAAUUUACUUGAGGUUUGGAAAGAAAGCGUAGUUAUCAAGGUAGAUUUCAAACAUUGUUAUCAUCUCGGAUGCCAAGUGAGCCUGAGCAUUAUUGAACUUGUAUAGCUAGUUAUUUGUAUUCCCUUGCUACUGAAAAACUGUCUCACAUCUUGAUCAACAUAAUAUUGGUUAAGUGAGAAAAGAGUUAUCUGGAUUAAUGUAAAGAUAUGAAUGUAAGGACUGCAUGGCACUAUGAGAUACAUGAUAUAGAAAUAAARGAAGUUACAGUGCUAGGAAGGAGGUUAUUUCUAAGGGUCUUUCUCCUGGAAUAAUCUUCCUAGCUCUGUAACUUACCUUUAUUUCUAUAACUGGAUAAGUAUUUGGAAACCAAAGGAGAAUAUAUGCUUUUGGGAAUACAAAUAAUGGCUAUUAUAUUUCAAGGGUUAUUGACCUCAAUUUCGCACAAUGAUCACURAUUUUCCCAUGUUGAGGGCAACCAAAACAUCACUCGGGCUCAUGUAAAAUAACAGACCAAGAUGAUAAGAAUGAUAUGAACCUGCUAACUGGUUGUCAUACRAAAACAUUAUUCCCCCCUUAACUUUAGGGUCCAUGUUUAUACCUUUCAAUUUACAUAUKAAUUCUAACUUUCUGUCAUAGAUUUGAAAAUAUUCCGAACAAUAUCAGUUAGAGGCUCRCAGCUGACUGUAAAACAAUAUCCAGCAAAUCCCCAAAAAUAAGAAUUUAAUUUUAUAAGAAUGAAUUGUUGAAGAAAAGUGGCUGGUUUAUUUUUGUUAUAAAGAGUAGCUAUUCAAAUGAUAAUUUAUAGUGUUAGUUUUGCUAACCAAAUGCAGAUUUGUUUACCAAGGAGGGGUAGGGUUAGGGUACACUGCUGUCAAUAUCUGUAGCAAAGGYUUAURGGUCAUGCCCAGUGUUCCUGUGUUUYUCAGAGAGGGGUUUGGGAGGAAGMCAUUGCUGUUUUAUAUUUGGGAGGCUUAUUAGAAAUGAAAACAAAAUAAUGUAUUAUUGCAAUAUAAAACCUUCAUGUGAUCUAAACCUUUUUCUAAAAUAAUCACUAAAGUAACCACAUAUAAUCACUAAAGUAACCACAUAUUUCUAAAGUAAUCACUAAAGUAACCACAUAUUUCCGUGCAAAGAGUUGACUGACUAUAUGCGAUCUGCCAAUUGAAGUCUUUAGUUUGUGUGCAACCCAAUCUUUGGGUAUAAAAUCAUUUAAAAAGAACUAAAUUGUGUUUUUUUUUUAAGUGAACCCCGCUAAUAAUUUCAUGUACAAAGGUAACUUAGAACUUGUGCAGGUGUUUGCUAUCUUGGAAUUUAGCUAUAGAAUAAAUAAACUAAAGCAACAUAAGGGCCCUGAUUUUGUGUAUUCUGAGAAAAGACCUGCUCACACAGAUUUCAACCUUGGGGUCCCUGUGUGAGUUGCUCGAGUGAAAGGCUUUAGUGAAGUACGAGCACAUCUUUGAUUUUAACAAAGGAACUAGAGAGCGUUCCGUUGAUUGCCAGGGAUUACUUUAAACUACAUAGAAUUAUUUGCCAUUCUUUAAUUUGCGCAUAGCUAGGACUGUGGUWAGGGCAAUGAAUGGAAGUCUUGGCAAAUAAAAAUGUAUCUAAAAAUGUGAGCUUUAUCCAACUUCCCUUAUCAAUGUGAUCAGUAAUUUAAAAGACGGACGCCUAGUCAAUAGAGUACAAWCAUUAAAUGUGUGCAACACUUUCCACUAUUUACUACAAAAUAGUGUUAAUUAAUAGAAAACAAUAGAAUUAGCAUAAUUUAGCAGUAUUUAGUGGUAUUUAUGUUGCACAGUUUUAGUGUUUGUACUCUAACAGUAGCAAUUUAUAAAUCUAUUUCGUAAUGUAGCUGUACUUAGUGCGUAAGAUUGUAGUAUCUUUGCCUGUAACUUACCUUGGAAAAGCAUUUAUUUUGCAAUAGAUAAUUAUUCUCCUAACUUGAGUUACUCUUAUGUUUUAGCUAAAUAAACCGCACAUUCGAAACUUUCC